GAAAGAAAAAAACCUUCGUAAUGGCAGACUUUAAACCCUAUAUGCAGUGUAAAAUUUCCCAAUUUGCCCAUUAAUAGCUGCCGGAAUUUCGCCGGAAACUGCGAGGAGUCACCAGAAAUGGCGUCAAUAGUAUCGGAAACCGUUCCGAAGUUCACCGCGGAGGCCCUCAAAUCCGCAGCUAAACAAUCUGAACGUUGCCAUAUUGUUCCUAUCCGUCUUCGUAGAGCUAUCAAAAAGUAUCUCCGAGAGCAAGAGGAGCCACAUAUGAAGAGAAAAGUGUUGAGGUUAUCAGAAUCUUUCAGCCAAAUAAAGGAAGUGAAUUUGAUGCUUCCAACCUCCACAUCCAAGGAGCUUUUUGAAGAUCCUCUCAAGUCUGUUGAUUGUUCACAGCGGUGGAAAAUCAAAAGUGCCUAUGGUGACAUUGGCCUCAAGUAUAGGGAUGAUGAAACACUAGCCUAUGUGGCGUCCCGUAUGCCUGCUGUCUACUCGGCUCUUUAUAGAGUUCUUAGUGAGGUACGCAGAAGAUUGCCUGGUUUUUCACCUGCUAAGGUGUUGGAUUUUGGGGCAGGGACUGGUUCUGCGUUUUGGGCAGUUAGAGAAGUGUGGCCACGUUCAUUGAGUAGAAUUAAUUUGGUAGAGCCAUCACAGUCCAUGCAGCGUGCCGGACAGAGCCUUAUAAAAGGUCUUAAAAGUUUGCCACUCAUUCAAAGUUAUGGAAGUAUUCAAGCACUCUCUCAGGAUGUCAAAAAGAGUGACAGACAACAUGAUCUUGUGAUUGCUUCGUAUGUACUCGGAGAAAUUCCAUCUCUGAAGGACAGAAUCACGGUUGUACGCCAGCUUUGGGAACAGACAGGAGAUGUUCUGGUCCUGGUAGAACCAGGAACACCACAAGGAUCUAAUAUUAUAUCUCAAAUGCGAUCUCACAUUCUAUGGAUGGAGAAAAGGAGAAGCCGCAAACUAGAAGGUGUAUCUGGCAAAGACUCUAAAGCAUUGACGACACUAAAGAAUGGGGUAUAUAUAGUUGCUCCGUGUCCACAUGACGGACGUUGUCCUUUGGAUAACACUGGAAAAUAUUGUCAUUUUGUUCAACGCUUGCAAAGGACAAGUUCGCAACGUGCCUACAAGAGGUCGAAAGGAGAGCCUCUACGUGGCUUUGAAGAUGAAAAGUUUUGCUUCAUCGCUUUUAGACGAGGAGAACGGCCAAAGCAAGUUCUUCUUCAAGAAUACGGAAUGCCAAUUGUUAAUUUGUUUUUAGCUUGUUCCAUCAUUACCAUUGUGAAAGAGCCUUGGCCAUUGGAUAGUAUGAAGUUUGAGACAUUGAAGGAGCAGCAUGCCAGAAGGAAUCCAGAGGAUUUAGAAAUUGACUAUGAGGACCAAUUCAUCUCAGAAGAUGAGGGUAUUGAGGAUGAAGUAGAUCAUGUCACAUAUGAUUCCGAUGCUACAGAAACAGAUGCUGUUACUGAAAAUGAUGAUUGGGAGGAAGAAGGUGAAGAAAGGACCCAUGCCGAUCUUGGUGGUGGUUGGGGAAGAAUUAUAUACAGUCCUCUACGUAGGGGUAAGCGGAUUGAAAUGGACGUUUGUCGAUCAAUAAAUCAAGAAGGCAGUGAAGGGUCAUUUGAACGGAUUGUUAUUACAAAGAGCAGAAACCCAACAUUGCAUCAUCAGGCGCGAAGAUCGCUUUGGGGUGACUUAUGGCCCUUCUAAAUUUUGUUAGAAAAAUGGCACUCAAGGUGUUUGGUCCAUCAGUAAGAGCGCAGUGUGAUGUCUGAGUUAGGCACUCAUCACAGAGUUCAAAUGUCGCAACAAACAAAAGCCUGGUAGGAGGGGCACGUCUAUAAUCCAUCAAGUCUCAAACUAUGCUUCACUUGCCCUCAGUUAUCAAAGAAAUUAUUUUUGUUAAAAAUAGUUUCUUGAGUAAUGUAAUAAAUGUAUUUUCGUGUGUACCCAUUUUCUGAAAAAGAAGAAAAGUGAAGUCAGAUGGUUAUUCUGAUUAUGACAGAGGAUAAGAUUGGGCCAAAUGGCUCAAAAAGUAGAGUUACUGCAUACAUGUGAACCACAUAUGUCUUAUUCAUAAUUCUUGUACGGAAUCAUGGAACAGUAAAAGAGUUCGAGUCACGUGCCAGCUUAGAAGAUUGGUAUGGAACAGUACUCUGUGUGAAUCGCGGUUGUUUGAUAUGAUGUAUAAGAAUAUCGCUCGAUAUAGUGUAUUCAUAAUGUUGAGAUUAUUACACAUUAUUUGUUGUCUUUACUUUGGACA